AUGAAAAUCGAAGAUCUUGCUAAUGAAGUUUUCUACGAAAUAUUCGAAUAUCUCGAUUAUUUUCAAAGUUAUGAAAUCUUUUCUAAUCUUAAUAAACGUUUUCAAGAUUUAUUUAUCAAUUCAACCUGUCCAAUUAAAAUCAAUCUUGGAUCAAUAUCUAAAUCAACUUUUGAGUCUUAUUUUCAAAAUAUAAUUCGUCCACAUCAACAUCGCAUUCGGUCGCUUCAUUUAUCAAAUUCAUUUAUCAUUGAUUUCUUUCUUUUAUCCGUUUCUCUUAUUCGAAAAUUAACUCAUCUUCAAACAUUUAUUAUUAAAGGUAUUCUAUCAAGUUAUUUAGAAAAUCUUUUUAAUGAUCUAUCCGUCUUACCUAAUCUUUCUUCAUUAGUCAUUAUUUGUAAGUAUCAUGUUCCAAAAAGAAAUCAUUUAUAUGAACAAAUAUUUCAAUUAUGUGCACUAAAAUAUUGUAAAUUCUCAAUACAAGAAUACCAUCAUUCUGAAUAUUUACCUAUUCAAACAAAUCAAUUUAGUCCUAUUACACAUUUAGUUAUUGGGGAUAUAUUUGAUGUUAAUGAAUUCUUCGCUCUUCUUUCAUAUGUUCCUCAGCUUCAUCGUUUAUCGAUUCAUAAACUAUCUACAUCCAUGUAUACACAAGUAAAUAUCUGUUCAAGAAUUCCAAAUCAAUUAACACAUGUUUCUUUGGAUCUUGAAAAUGUUUACUUUAAUGAUUUUGAACCAUUGAUUAAACAUGUUUUUUAUCAAGUUCAAGUUUUACAUAUUUCAACACCACCAGAUCGAACAUAUCUAAUUGCAAAUCGAUGGGAAUCGCUUAUUCCAUUGUAUAUGCCACAUCUAAGAAUUUUUGAUCUUCAUCAUCGUGUAUAUACAACCAAGACAGAGGGUGAGAUUUAUAUGGAUUUGAUCGAUCAAUUUGAAUCUUCAUUUUGGUUCGAACGACAAUGGUUUUUUGCGUAUCAUAUGAAACUAUUUCGAGAAUAUUGUGAAAUAUAUUUCUAUUCAACCGAUCCAUAUAGGUAUGAAUCAAUUUAUUUAUUGAUAUGA